AUGGCUCGUUCAAUUCUUAUCAUCAACGGUCCAAACCUCAACCUGCUGGGCACACGCGAGCCACACAUCUACGGAAGCACGACGCUCUCGGACGUCGAAGCUGCAGCUCAGAAGCAGGCCAACGAGCUGGCUAUAUCACUAGCCACGUUCCAGUCAAACCACGAAGGUGCCAUCAUCGACCGGAUACAAGAGGCAAGAGGCCACGUCGAUGCGAUAAUCAUCAACCCGGGAGGUUUCACCCACACCAGUGUGGCCAUUCGCGAUGCGCUUCUCGGAGUUGAAAUCCCGUUUGUCGAGUUGCAUGUUUCCAAUGUCCACGCGAGAGAGGCAUUCAGGCACCACAGUUACUUCACCGAUAAGGCUGUGGCCAUGAUCUGCGGACUUGGCGUUUAUGGGUACACGGCCGCGCUGGAGUUCGCUGCAAAGCAUAUGAAGAUUAAGGAGAGAUUGUGA